UUUCUAAUUUUCUAAAAAGCUUAUAAAACACAGGAAAAAUGGAUUGGAAGAGGCAGGGCGUACUCCACUGACCACUCCCUCCCACAUUGGACAUUUGGUGGCGCAUUAUAUAGUUAGAGGAAUCUCCACUUUCUCACUUCACCAUUUAUGGCUUCUUGGGUUAUAUCCCCUGCGGCUUCCAUAGCCGGAUACCGGAAUGAGACUACUGGGUUUUCGCUUUUUCCUCGACGUUCUAUGGCUCAGCUUAGGAUGCGGAGAAACUUUUCGGUUCGAUCCUCUUUGGACACUGAUGUUUCUGACAUGAGUGUGAAUGCUCCAAAAGGUUUGUUUCCGCCUGAACCUGAGCAUUAUCGUGGGCCCAAGCUGAAAGUGGCUAUUAUUGGAGCUGGGCUUGCAGGCAUGUCAACUGCAGUUGAGCUCUUGGAUCAAGGUCAUGAGGUGGAUAUAUACGAGUCAAGACAAUUCAUUGGUGGAAAAGUGGGAUCUUUUGUUGAUAAACGUGGAAACCACAUUGAAAUGGGACUCCAUGUUUUCUUUGGUUGCUAUAAUAAUCUUUUCCGUCUGUUGAAAAAGGUGGGUGCAGCUAAAAAUCUACUAGUGAAGGAUCACACUCACACUUUUGUUAACAAAGGAGGUGAAAUUGGUGAACUCGAUUUUCGGUUUCCUAUUGGGGCACCAUUACAUGGGAUCAACGCAUUUUUGUCUACAAAUCAACUCAAGACUUAUGACAAAGCAAGAAAUGCUGUGGCUCUUGCAUUAAGUCCGGUUGUUAGGGCUCUUGUUGACCCAGAUGGAGCUAUGAGGCAAAUACGAAACUUGGAUAGUAUUAGCUUCUCAGAUUGGUUCUUGUCCAAAGGUGGGACACGCAUGAGCAUCCAGAAAAUGUGGGAUCCUGUUGCCUAUGCUCUUGGGUUUAUAGACUGUGAUAAUAUCAGUGCCCGUUGCAUGCUUACCAUAUUCUCAUUGUUCGCCACUAAGACAGAGGCUUCCUUACUUCGCAUGCUCAAGGGUUCCCCAGAUGUUUACUUGAGUGGUCCCAUCAGAAAGUAUAUUACUGAUAAAGGGGGCAGGUUUCAUCUUAGGUGGGGAUGUAGAGAGAUACUUUAUGAUAAAUCUGCUGAUGGAGAAACCUAUGUCACAGGAUUGGCAAUGUCUAAGGCUACUAACAAGAAAAUUGUGAAAGCUGAUGCCUAUGUUGCAGCAUGUGAUGUCCCUGGGAUUAAGAGAUUACUUCCGCAACAGUGGAGGGAAUCAAAGUUUUUUAAUAAUAUAUAUGAGUUAGUUGGAGUUCCUGUUGUUACAGUUCAACUUAGAUACAAUGGAUGGGUCACAGAGUUGCAGGAUCUAGAACGGUCAAGGCAAUUGAGGCAAGCUGCGGGAUUAGACAACCUUCUUUAUACUCCAGAUGCAGAUUUUUCUUGCUUUGCAGACCUAGCACUUUCUUCUCCAGCCGAUUAUUAUAUCGAGGGACAAGGCUCACUCCUCCAAUGUGUCUUGACACCUGGUGAUCCGUACAUGCCAUUACCAAAUGAUGAAAUCAUAGCAAGGGUGGCAAAACAGGUUUUGGCUUUGUUUCCAUCAUCUCAAGGUUUAGAAGUUACAUGGUCAUCAGUUGUCAAAAUUGGGCAAUCUCUAUAUCGAGAGGGACCCGGUAAAGAUCCAUUUAGACCUGAUCAGAAGACACCAGUGAAAAAUUUCUUCCUUGCCGGUUCAUAUACAAAACAGGACUACAUAGACAGCAUGGAAGGGGCAACAUUGUCAGGAAGGCAAGCUUCUGCAUAUAUAUGUGAUGCCGGGGAAGAGUUGAUGGCACUGAGGAAGAAGAUCGCAGCAGCCAUUGAUUCUGAAGAACAAGAUGUUAAAGCUUCCAAUACUAGCACUGAUCAGCUGAGUCUUGUAUAAACUAUGGCCCUUCUUCAAUCUUCAUUGGUUUCUGGCUCACUAAACGAGUUAACCAGAUUAGGUGGUGAUAUAUAAACUAUGGCCCUUCUUCAAUCCCUAAAUUAAUAGUUGUAAAGAUUAAAAACCCUUCUGUUAAUACAGUCUCCACCAUAUAUAGAACUAGCAAUAUCAUACAUAAUUUUUUAUGCAAAAAGAAAGCCUUUGUUUAUUUUAUUUGGACCCAUGGAAAAGAGUUCUGUCAUAUAUAAUAAUAUAAACAAAAAUAUAUAAAUAAAAAAGAAAGUUUAUUUA